AUGCUGGGGAAACUUCUUGUAUUUUCAUUGCUUAUUGCAGUCAUCAAUGCUCACGCCAUUCCUAUGAAUAUAGCUCAAAUUCCAAAGGAAAUUAGAGAUUUAAUUCCACAGGAACUGAAAGAUUUUUUUGGUGAUCUGAAGGAAGAAGAUAAACGUCUUUUAAAAAAUAUUUCACGCGAUUUUGCAUCAUUCCCACAUGAAGAUCAAGCAUUAGAAGAACUGAAAAGACGAAGUCCUAAACUAUGGGAAAAAAUUAUUAAAAUUCGUGAAUCAGUUAUGAAUAAAAUUGGAAGUUUGACACCGGGAGCCAAAAUUUUUAUUCAAGAGUCAUUUAACAAAUUGAAAGAAUUACGACCACCAGAGGGACAAGGACCAAAUCCAGCAAAAAUUAGGGAAACCGUUAAAACGAUCAUCAAAGAUUACAAUCUUCUGAGCGCAGAAGCAAAACAAGAUCUUCAGAAGAAGUUUCCGCAAGUGACAAAAUUGUUGAAAAAUGAGAAGUUCCGAGCUUUGGCAAAAUCAUUCCUCGAGAAGCAGGAUUAA